UUACUCUUUGGUAAAACGUCAGAUGGAAAGUGACUCGCGAACAAAUACGAUAGUAAGAGCUACCGAGUCUAUCUUUAUCACCAUUAGAUAUGCUUUAUUUUCCUUCUAUUUUCUUUGCUAUGAUUAAAGACAGAUGCUUGACAGUCCACAUCUUGGUCGGUGGCUCUCUCUAAGAAGCUCCGACAUGGCGCCGCUCCAAUGCUUUCUUCUCUGUAUUGUUUUCUUCACCUGGGCUUCUGCUAAUGUUCAAAAUGCAAAUGCAGUUAUUAGAGUGACAGACAACCCUGCUGAUGAGCUGGUAGAUGCACUCAACAAGAAUAGGACUGCAAAGAAAUUGCCUUCCCUAAACAGCAACCCAGGACUGGCAUGCAUAGCUCUGCAAUACAUAAAAGCUUAUCAAGGUGAUUGCAAAUCUGUUGGUGGAGAAGGCUCAGAAGCUAAGAAACCUCUUGAUUCUGAAUUUAAUGAGACAUUUGCCCCCAAUUGUGGCGUUAAAGUAAAUACCCUUGCUCACAUAACUGGGCGUUUUCUCGCCUGCCAGUCUGAGUAUGUGGAGUCGCCGGAUGCCUUCUCGCAUAUCCUGAUUAGAAACCAGAAAAGCUUUGAUAUCCUCUACAGCAAGAAUCACACUGAGGUUGGUGCUGCUGUGAGUGGCACUGAUCAUGGCGGUCCGUAUUUCUGGUGUGUUCUGUUCAGCAAUGGGAAAUCAAACCAAAGCUUUGUUUUAGACGGGGGUGUGGCGAAGCUGACAAAACCUGGAUGUUUCAGCGGUGCGAAUGAUGAUUGCAGUGAGGCUUAUGCUCUUUCUCAAACCUUCCUUCACCCAUGGCUAGUUGCUGGUGGAGCUUUGCUUUCCCUCUUCUAUGCUUUUGGAUCAGGAUGAUCAUCCUCCAUGCUUUCAACCCUCAUGGAUUGUCAGUUGCUCCGCGUUUGGUAUCUUUUGUAUGUGAUGUAGGAACUUCUUCAGCAUCUAUUCAUUCAGUUUUAUUUGUAAAGGCUGUUUAUUUAUUGAUCUCAUGCAUUUGUUUUUGCUCAAACAUAGAAAAAUUUGCUCAAAGUGAGACUAGAAGGUGACAUAUACUCCCUUUUUCAGAGAUUUGUUUGUCCUACUAUCCUUUUUAGACGUCUCAAAAUAAAUGUCAUUUUUCUUUUUUAUUCAAUAUCUCAACCAUAUUUUU